AUGUCUCUCAAUGGGCUAGAGACUCCCGCCAUCGUCGAGGCCUACCAGAGCGCGCUGGCCGACGCCGGCGGAUGGUUUCUGUUACACUACGUCUCCAGGGAUGAGGUCGCCCUCCUCGAGCGCGGCACCGGUGGGGUGGCAGAGGUCCGUAAUGCCAUCGAGAACUACGAAGAGACCUCCCCCCUCUACGGCUUCCUGCAUUACCGGCGAAGGAAGGUGAUCCUGCGGUACAUGCCCGAGGGGUUGUCACGGCUGAUCCAAGCCCGAAGCAAUGUGCAAUUUCAGUCCGUGACCGACAAAUUCUCCCCGAACGACACCGUUCUGGCCCUGACCCAGGCCUCAGAACUGAGCGAGAGUUCCUUGUCCUCAGCAUGUCUCCUUCACACGGCGUCCGGAUCCAUCACCUCGUCGUCAAGCUCGCUCCGUCGUCGUCGAUUGAUGGAAAUCACCGAAGAUGCCGAGGAAAGCGGUGCGAAGGAAGAGACCAAGGGCCACCCGGUGCCACCACCUAAGGCCCCGGGCCGUCAACGAUCAGGAAGUCAAAUAUCAGAAGCCACUGUUGUGCCGCCGCCGCCGCCGCCGAUGACGACGACUACCUCACCCCAGCAGCCGACUACAGCGCCAGCCGCACCACCACCAACCUCGCCGGACCCCGGAACUUCAUCGCCCGAUCUCCGUCCCCCACCGUCUCGAGCAAGCUCCCGCGGAAGAAGCCCAAGUGAAAUGCAAUCGGUGACGACGUCGCCCAGAUCUCCCGAUUCCGGGUCGGAGCAUUCCAAGUAUCGGAACAUCCUGGAUGAGUUUCCCCGGCCGUCAGAGGAGGCACGGAUGUCAACCCAAUCCGCCCGGCCAUCACUGCGGGAGUUGGAACGGGCAGCCGGGUAUACACCCAAGGUCAAGCUGGGGCCUCGCCCAUCGGUUGAUCAAAGUGGCCGUCCCCGUACGGCGGGCAGCUCGCGGAAUCCAGAUCAGCGGCCCGUUGCAUCGCUACCGUCCAACAUGCGCUCGUCCUCGGUACGGAAAUCCAACAAUGCUGCCCCCGAUCCACCUCGUCCUCGAUCCCAAGGAAGUUCAUUCGCAAGCAGACCGAACAGACGAGCUCCGCCAAUUCCUCCGCUACUUGUUCCACCACCCUCAAUACCUAUCUCGAGGCCGCAGUUGUCCCCCGGUGCCAAAUCUCUGGGCGCAUUGUCAACAUCUUCUGGAUUGACGCCGGAGAAGGAACGGUUGAUGAAGGCAUUGCAACAGCGAAAGAAGAACAUGGCAAAACGCGCAGAGUCCAAGAAGAAACAUGACAUUCCAGAUGUGGAGGAACAACCCAAAACCGAGGAUGAAGCUACCAAAAUGACCGAAGGGAAUAAAGAAAACAUCAGCCCAGAACCCGAGUCUGGGAGAAUCGAGAUUGAACAGCAAUCUUUCAAAGAAGAAGAAAUGACUAUGGAGCAGCCACUUCCAGCAACAGAGGUUCCCCACGACGCUGUAGAGCCUCAAAAAGAAUCGCGAACGCCAGCUGAGGUGCCGGUUCCCCCUGUCGAGAAAGAGGCCAUCGUUGCAGGUGAUCAGGAAGAGCUGACAUCGCCCGCGCCUGAGUCGAUCUCGAAGGAAGAUACAACCCCUCAGGAAGAGACAGUCGAGGCCGAGGAAAAACAGCGGUCUCCCACACCUGGGACACCAGAGCCAGAAUCAUCCACGGCUGUGCCUGUGUCAAAUUCCGAAGGUGAACCAUCAUCACAUACCUCUGGGCCUAGUGCCGAUACCACAUUCUCCUCUACCCAUAUCGAUCCAUCUUUCGACCCUGCUCUGUCGGAGACGCCGCAGACCGUCUGGGAAGAUGAAGCACGCGCUGAUCUCGAAGACUCCGCAAUCCUUGGCCAAAGCGAGACUAAGAGCGACCUAGUCCCACCUAGCGCCGUUCUCGAAUCUCCACUUGACAGGGAGGCACCCGAAGUUUCAGACGCGAAGACUGAACCGGGGGAUGCUCCUUUUCAACAACCAGAAGCCUCGCCAGCCGCGGACCAGCAGCUGGAGAAGGCUCAAUCUGUAGGAACUCUCUCAGAAGAGGCCACUGACUCGACUACAUUGCCUGCCACGUCUUUUGCCGACGCGCCCCCAAGCCCCGUGGCGGAGCCCUCGAUCGCGCCCUUUUUGGUGUCGAUUGAGGCUGCUCCCGAGCAAACACCUAGCCCCAAAGCAGAGCCGCUCCCCUUGGAUCAACGACGGAGGAUCCACCUGGAGCCAAUCCAGGUCCCGACACAAGAGUACUCUGACGACGACAAUCUUUUGUCGGACGAUUCCUUCAUGGAGGAGCUGAGAUCGGCCACCGUGCAGGAGGCCAGACCGGUCUCGGUCAAGUCGCCCAAUGGCGGCGAGAACUCCUGGAAGGGCUCUCGCGCUGUCUCCAGCCCGCAUGGUCUCGCCUCUCCGUCCGCUGUUCAGGCGCUGCAUGUGGGCAGGUCCGCAUCCAGCACCUAUCCCGAGAAUGGACCUUCAACUCCUGUGCUUAUGGCCAAGAAGAUCAACGUAUCUUCUGGUAUCUCCUCUCGUAUCAAAGCACUGGAGAAGUUUUCUUCCCGUGAAGGGACCCCUUCAGGCUCAACAAUCAAUGUGAAUGGGCCCUCGACCUCUUCCUCUUUUGAAAAUCUGCGCAAGCGUGCAUCUGUCUCGUUCCCUAAUGGCACCACACCGGAUUUCUCUCGCGCCCCCAGCGUGAAUCAUCACGACUCACGCCCUGCUUCGAAUGGCGCGCGCCGUACCAACUCAAUAUCCGUGACGGCCCGUAUUAUUCGUGAUAGUGAUGCCUCGCCCGAUUCCGCUGGGCUCGAUCCUACAGAGUCUGAUGCUCUCAACCUCCAGGCCAGUCCUUUGACCGUGGAGCACGACACCUCGGACGAGCUGACCGCACAAACCCCGACGGCCGAGGCAGCCAAUCGGCCCGAGGACCGCAGCAUGUCAAUCUCGUCUGUAGGAUCUAGCCGGCAAGCAGCGUCCCUCUCUCGCCCAGGGAGCCGACUUUCCGUAUCUUCGCGUUCCAAGACCGAUGAGAUCGUCAACUCAUCCUCGCCCACCGAGGAGAAGAAGGGUUCUCGGGCCUCGCGCCUCAUGCGUCGUGUGUCCUCCAUUACCUCAAACUCGCGUCGCAGCAUAAUCGGGGCUCUUUCUCCGCCAGUGAAAGAGGAAGACAUCGGUCCGAUCACACAGCACGAAUCGGCUAUCUCUCCUUCGCCAUCUCGCCCCCAUCUCCCUGACCCCAUCGAUAUUGGUGAGGUCAACGUGCAAUUCCCGGAUACGCUUCUCUGGAAGCGUCGAUUCAUGCGUAUUGACCAGGGUGGAUAUCUUGUUCUGGCUCCUGGCACCACCGAUGCCGCUGCUCGUAACAUGACCAAGCGUUAUCACCUGAGUGAGUUCCGAACCCCUUGUCUUCCUGAUGAGGAUAUGCAGGAGUUGCCAAACAGCAUCCUGCUGGACUUUUUGGACGGUAGCACCCUCCAAUGUGCUUGCGAGUCGCGACAGGGACAAGCUUCUGCUCUGCAGACCCUUGUCGACGCUCACAACGCCCAUCAACAAUAG